AUGUUUUCGAGCAAGGAAGCCAAGGCCAGGGCUCCCGACUCCAUCACAUCGGCGGAGAAAGCUUGGCGCCAGCAGGUUCAGAAGAAGCACUCUGCGCGGCCUCCCGAUGAGAUUCAGGAGCAGCUUCAGGAAAGGCUCACCAGGCUCACCAGCAUCAGGGAGAAGGAUUUCCCUGGCAUGGUCAGGCAGGAAUCCAUCGGCUGGAUAAGAGACAUCGCUGAGGAGGACAGGCCAUGGAAUAAGAUUGCAGACAAGGUCGCGGAGCUGCUGUCCACGGGAGCCACAGAGAAUGGCCCAGGCAGCCUCGAGAACGCAGACCUUCGGUUUGCCGACCUGAGCGGGGCGCAGCUGCAGGGAAUGAACUUGGCAGGGGCAAAGCUACUUGGGCUACAGGGUGCAGAUCUGAGUUUUGCAGAUCUUUCUGGUGCAACCUUGUGCGAGGCGGAUCUUUCAGGUUCCACUUUGUGGAAGGCGAACUUGACGGGGGCCCGGUUGGCUUCAGCCAAGCUUCUCUGUGCGAACAUGAACAACGCCAAGCUGCCGUGCGCAGACAUGGAAGGCGCCGACCUGAGUGGUGCAGCUCUCAUGAAUGCCAGCCUGAAGCGCACUUCCUUCACAGAGGCCACGAUGACGGGUGCCCUGCUGGAUGAUUCCGACCUUUCUGGUGCAACGAUGGAAGAUGCCGAUCUGUCGGGUGCGAAUCUUUUCGCCACGAACCUUACAGGUGUAAUGUUCGAAGGGGCCACACUCACAGGUGCGCAUUUUGACUACUGUCUACUCGCAGGUACCAACUUCCAUGAUGUCUAUUGGGAAAGCGAUGACAAGCCCCGAAUAGAGAGUGAGUGCAAAGUGGCGGCACUAGAGAAGAAAGCCUUCGUGAAACAGAGCAAGCCAUCAUCCAAAGGCUUUUUCAUGCGUCUAGGGCAUGAGUUGGUGAAAAGCCUAUGGGGCGAAGAUGGAGACGACUCUGACAAAGAAGCCGCCGUCGACAGUUCCGACGAGGAGGAUGAGGACAAGGAUAAGGACAACGAGGACGCGGCCGAAGGCGGUCCAAGAGACUUGAUGAGGGCAGACGGAGAGGAGCAGCCAGGGUUCUGGGCACCGCUGCUACCCUGCCAAUCCUGCACAAGCGCGGUGGAAGAUGCCACGCAGGGCGUGGCGGACGGUGUCCAGCAGUCCGCGAUGGAACUGACCGGGAUGGCUGCCGAGAAGGCCGCAGAGCACUUGGCAGCGCAAGCAGACAAUGCCAUCAAACGCCUUGAGGAGAUGUCGAAGAAGCUCGAGACAUUGGCAAACAAGAGCUUGCAGCCGCGAGCUGCAGCGCUGAAGCAGAUCUUGGACAAGAAGAACUUCCGAAGCCUCCUCAAGGAGCAGAACCAGCGCUUGCCCCCGGUUCUGACGGAAAGCCUGGCCAUGCUCAGCAAGACCACCGGAGGCAAAAAGACAGCAGAGGCCAUCACGAUGUUCGAACAAGGCUUGCAGGAGUUGUCCUCCCAGGGUGUCAGCACUGCAGGCCCCUUGGCUGCGAAGCUCUUGGAGGGACCUUUGAAAAAGGUCACAGGCUAUACAUCAAGCGAGUUGCUGGCUUUCCUACGCGUCACAAGACAGGACAUGGCACGGGACAGACAGGAGCUGGAAAGGAUCAUGGACCUUAUGGAGAAGUUGCAAGGCAAUGUGAACAAGACGAAUUGGGAUGACAUCAUCGACAGCUUCUCAAUCCUGCGCGCGCUCCACACGUCCCUCCGUGGGGAGAGAUCUCGCCAGAUCUACAAGCAGAUCUGGCGAGAUGAGGGCUUCCGCGAGCACGUGGCUGCCGGCGUGCUGUUCCAAGGUGUCCGCGCUCCGGACAACCCGCCAGACUUCGUGCUCCACCAUGUCAAAGAUGCAGUGAAGUACGUCAAGAACAAUGUGGACAUUUGGAUGCGGUCCGUCGCAAGAGAACUGGCCGGCAUCGAGCGCAUGGGCAACCGCCAGGAUCGGUUCUUCAACCUCCUCGUCUCGGCCAUCACUGGCUUCUUUAUGUUCAUCGCCACGUUUUUGUCGGGCUUGCUGCUGGAGGCCAUGAGGAAUGGAAAGCUGAACGUGCCCGGGGCCGACCUUCUCCAGAAAGGCCCCGUUCACGUCUGA